AUGUCUACUACUGGUUCGGCAAAUAGCUCGAGCAAUCGUUUUGCCCAAUUUAAACUAGUCCUCCUUGGGGAAAGUGCAGUUGGGAAAUCAUCAAUAGUCCAUCGGUUCGUGAAGAACACGUUUGAUAAUAUGAGAGAGUCCACUAUUGGGGCAGCCUUCUUGACCCAAUCAAUCACAUUGCCAGAGAACAAUACAACUGUCAAAUUUGAGAUAUGGGAUACUGCUGGCCAGGAACGUUACAAAUCGCUUGCGCCAAUGUACUAUAGAAAUGCCAAUGCUGCAUUGUGUGUAUACGACAUAACCAGCCGUUCGUCAUUCACCAAGGCGCAAGACUGGAUAAAGGAAUUAAAGAAACAGGCACCAGAGGGUAUUGUGAUUUGCUUGGUGGGUAACAAGGCAGAUUUGGAGGAGAACAGAGAGGUCGACGAGAGAGAGGUGUCCCAAUAUAUCGACGAAUUGAACCAAGAAGACAACAAAAUGGUUGCAGCCGAAUGUUCAGCCAAAUCGGGCGACGGGGUCGUUGACAUAUUUACCAAGGUAGCAAGGGCCUUACCGGUGGAGGAAGUCAUCAGCGGGUCUUCCAACAGAAACAGACAGCCUGGUAACAGGAGAUCGGGUGGUGUUGAUUUAGGAAGAGCAGCUAGACAGCAGCAGCAACAGAGCUCUUGUUGCUAA